CAAGUUCAACGGGACUUCACAAUUCGCCGCGAUCGGUGCACUGAGCCCACGACCCGCCCACCAACGACGAUGAACCAAAUCAAAACUACCAUGGACGACUGCAUUGCCGACAUGUGGAAAGCGCUGGACCCGCACGGCAAGGGCGUCCUCGAGAAACGAGCCGCGCAGUACGUGGUCAACGUGCUGACGGUAGCAAUCGAAAACCAUGGCGGCCAAGUGGAGCCGUUCGACUUCGACAACGACUUUGACGAGUUUGACACGGAUGGCGACGGCAUGCUCUGCCAAACCGAGAUGCGGUCGUUCGUCGAGCAAGUGAUGGGGAUCCCCCUGAUAUCGUACUUUCGCUUUGGAGGACCGAUGCUCACGGCCGACCGCCGCCAAUGCAUCGAAUCCCUUUAACUUAUCAACUAAUAUCUCCAGGCUGUAC